AUGAACUUCGAUGUGCUCCGAGUGCCCAGCAGGCCAGCGCUGCUUGCAGGCUCUCGCAAUGGCUAUUCUGACAGCGCGAAUGCGGUCAAGUACUGCUCCGCCCCGGAGGCCGCCAGGGUGGAGCGCGCGGGGCUCGGCCUUGAGGCGAGGGUGGAGAAGGUGGCGCGGGAGCUCAACCUAGACAAGCGCGUGGGCGAGCUCACGCGGCAGCUCGAGAGGGUGCAGGAGCAGUACUCCAUUUUGCAGCGGGAGAACGAGGAUGCGCGCGACAAGAACGCAUAUCUAGCGGAGUGCUUGGAGACGGCGGAGUCCUCGGCGAUGCAGCUGCAGGCCGUGCUGGAGCGGGCUUCCCUGCCGGCGUCGCAGUGGUCUAGUGGCUCGCGGCGCACGAGCCCGGAGUUCCACGGCGCUGCGGCGCGCAUCUCGCCCGGGCAGUCCUGGCGCGGCGCCGCCCCCGCGGAGGCCCCGCGCGGGCCCGCGUGGCCCGCGCCGGGCGCCUACGCCAGUCGCCGCGCGGCGUCCGAGCCGGAGGCGCCAGCCGGGCACGGGCACGGCCCCUCCCUGGCCGCGGGCCUGAGGGAGCUGGAGAGCUGGGCGAGCCAGCUGAGGACCUUGGACGGCGCGCUAGCGAAUCGCGAGCUGAACGGCAUUUCGCCUCUGGGCUCUGCAGUGUCUCGCUCACGCUAG